AUGAAUUACACAGAUUUUACAACGGAUCUUACGACGGAUCUUGCGACGGAAAUUUCGUUUACUUCAACCGUUGCGCCCGCAACAGAAUUCACGGAUAUACGAUCAUGGCUGACGAAUUUAGUUCUCCAGAGAGCCGCGAUCCAGGGCAGCUUCUGGCAGGGCUUCGUGGCGUCUAUAUCCGUGGUCAUAGUGUCAGAAUUAGGUGAUAAAACAUUCUUCAUUGCCGCUAUAAUGGCGAUGAAGCAUCCCAGGGUUAUAGUUUUCGCUGGAGCGAUAUCGGCGUUAGUUUUCAUGACAGUACUAUCAGCUGCGUUCGGAUGGGUUGCUACAGUUAUACCGAGGGUAUACACACAUUAUAUAAGUGCAGCCUUGUUCGCGAUAUUUGGGUUAAAAAUGCUCAGAGACGGUUGGAAGAUGGACCCGAAUGAAGGACAAGAGGAGCUAGAAGAGGUCCAGAGUGAACUCAAGAGGAGAGAGGAUCAGGAAGAGAAAGAAGAAACCCUAGACAUGUUAGAACAGGGUCAAGCAGAAAACCGCCGGAGAAAACGUAACGCAAUAAUCAAAGUAUUACUCCAAGCGGCAUCGCUAACGUUUCUAGCGGAAUGGGGCGAUAGGUCUCAAUUAGCGACAGUAGUGCUAGCGACAAGAGAAAAUGCCUUCGGUGUAGUAGUAGGUGGGUCGCUGGGACACGCCCUCUGUACAGGGCUGGCUGUGAUUGGUGGCAGAAUGGUUGCGCAGAAGAUAUCUGUUAGGACUGUUACCAUAAUCGGUGGUGUUGUGUUCCUAUUCUUCGCGGUGAGUGCGCUAGUGAUCGGUCCGGGCGAGUAAACUUAGUUAAAUGUUUAGACAAUUUUAGUUGUAAGUGUUUACUUGUAGUAAGUUUUUAUUUAAUAUUAUUCAUUGUUUAUAUUAAAGCGAUGUUUUGUUAACGUUUUAUCCAUUUGCAUUUAACAAAAUCAUAGAUAAUAAAUUGGAGGUAAUUUUUAGAAGUGGUUCAUAUCGUAUUUGAUCUUUUUUUAAAUAAAUUUUACUAGAAACUUCUACUGAGCGUUAAAAUAAAUUUAUUAUUGAAUUCAUUUGAAACUAAUUUUAAUGUAGUUUAAAUUUGACUUGUCUAGAAUUCCUAUAAGUCCUCCCAUUGUGCUACA